AUGACUGUGGUUCAGUAUUCCGCCAUUACCUACGAAAUCAGCGGUAGUGCAGCCAUCAUCACGCUCAACCGACCGAAGCAGAUGAACUCAUGGACACCAGCCAUGGCAACAGAACUCAGACAUGCAAUGGCAGAAGCUGAAGAUGACAAGGAGGUUUUCGGCAUCAUUAUUACCGGCGCUGGCAAGGCAUUUUGUGCUGGAGCCGAUAUGAGGGAACUGCAGAAGCUUAAAGCGCAGGGAGGCUUUUCAAAGAGUGAUGAGACGGACGUAUCCUUUGACGCUAAUCCGGGAGCUCCGGAAACAAUGCCUGAAGGGUUUGGUAGAGGCGCCUACAGUUACUUCGCCACCAUUAGGAAGCCAAUAAUUGCUGCGGUUAACGGCGCAGUUGCAGGCGUUGGAUUACCUUGCGCCUUGUUUUGUGACAUGCGGUUUUUCGGCGAAUCAGGAUAUGUCUCUUCUUCCUUCGCUAAACGCGGGCUGAUCGCCGAAGCAGGUACUGCUUGGAUAUUACCCAAACUGGUCGGCCUGGAUACCGCCUUUGAUAUUUUGUGGUCUAGUAGAAGAGUUUACGGCAAGGAAGCCAGAGAACUGAAGCUGGCAACCCGGGUCUACCCAGAUGAAGACCUGUUAAACGAGGCUAUAGCCUACAUCAAUGACCUGGCAGCGAACUGCUCGCCCGCCUCAAUCGCAGGCAUGAAGGGCCAGCUCUAUCGUGUUCAGUCUUUUAUGGAAAAGCGCAAGCCUGAGUUCUCCGGCAUCGGCAAAGACGCGCAGGAUGCUGAAGCCCUGGGCAUCGGUAACAUCAUGAUUUCUGAACGGCCUGACUACAAGGAAAUUUCUGCCAUCUGUGGUGCUGUUGCCGCUGUGACCAGUGAGAUAUUCAUUGGUACGUCAGCAACCAAUCUCAACAAACGCCACCCGACGGUAACUGCGUCGAUUGGCAGUACUUUGCAUCGAUUGUCAGAGGGCCGAUUCGCGCUGGGACUUGCCAAGGGCGUCGCAGCAGGCUGGCGAGCACGAGGCAUGCAACCCAUUAACUAUGAGAGCGAGCGAGAUUUUAUCGAUCUCAUGCGUAGACUCUGGAAAGGAGAAACAAUUAAGGGCUAUGAAGGCGCCCUUGGUCAGUAUCCUGUCUUGUCAGUCGCUGAGUAUUUGGAUGAGGCUCUACCAAUUCUAUAUGUCGGCUUCGGUCCGAAAAGUCUUGCACACGCGGGUCGCGUGUAUGACGGCACACAUUUGCACACGUUUAUGAAUGACAAGGCAUUGUCGGGUGCGGUUGCUCAGGUAAGGACAGGCGAAGCAGCAGCAAGACGCGAGCCCGGUACUGUUAAGAACUGGUCGGUUUUUGCAACCUGCUGCAACGUCAGCGACGAGACUUAUCUGAAAUAUAUUGUCGCCCGUCUUGCGACUUAUCUGCAGAUUCCGGGUUAUGGCGACAUGCUGGCAAAUAUAAAUGGUUGGGAUUCGGAAGCACUGGAGUCUUUUCGGCAGUCAGCUGCUGUUCGAAGUGUGGGUGGUUUGAUUGACAGCGUUGCCACCACCGAGCAGUUGGCUGAAGUUGAAAAAGUGAUUCCACAGGAAUGGCGGCCUGCGGCCGUAGGCAAUGCAAAGCAAUGCGCGCAAGCAUGGCUCACCCAAUUCGAGGCGGGUGCCGAUGGCAUCAUCAUUCACGCCAGCACGCCGGAAGAGUUUGCGCCGGUGGUGGAAGAGUAUGAAAAAAUUCGACCGUCGCACUUAUUUAAAGGUCGAACCAACCGCGGACAUCCCCACAAUCAGUACGACUGGCUGCGCGAAAAUGAACCUGUGUACUUUCACGAUGAGCCCAGGGGACGUGGCUACUGGGCUAUUACGCGACAUGCGGAUGUGCACGCAAUCGGGCGCAAUGCCGAAUUAUUCAGCAGCGAACCCACCAUCAUGAUAGCCGACCCCGAUGGCAGCCUGCCUGGGGCCCCAAAGAACGAGAAGAUGAUGCUGGUGAUGGACCCGCCGGAACACACGGCCUACCGCAAAUUAAUCAGCCGGGAGUUUACCCAGGGACCGGUGCGCAACUACAGCGAUCGCAUCAAUGAUCUUGCCAAACUGAUCGUCGAUCGGGUGAUUGACCGUGGCGAAUGCGAGUUCAUCAAUGAAAUCGCGGGGGAGAUGCCCAGCUAUGUGAUUGCUGAUCUCGUCGGCUUGCCGCUGGAGGAUGGCCGCGAACUGUACAAGCUUACCGAAAUCAUCCACUCCGCCCCUGAGACACAGCCAGACAAUGCGAUCCCAGAGGCGGUAACGAAGAUGUUCGAAUAUGGUGCAGGAGUAAUGGCCGAAAAGCGCGCGAACCCAGGUAACGACCUGGCCAGCAAGUUGCUGGCCGCGGAAGUCGACGGUCGUCAGUUGACCGACAUGGAGUUCCUGUUGUUCUUUCUACUGCUGAUUGAUGCGGGCGGCGACACGACACGCAAUCUGGUUGGCACCGGUAUGUAUGAGCUAAUGAAACACCCGGAGCAGCUGGCGCUACUGCGCUCUGAUGUGGACCGAUACCUGCCAUCAGCACGCGAUGAACUGCUCCGCUGGACCUCUCCAGUCACCUACAUGCGCAGGACGGCGACAAAGAACACCAGGAUCGCAAAUCAGAACAUCAAGGCCGGUGACAAGGUGGUGAUGUACUACGGCGCAGCCAAUCGCGACCCGGAAGUAUUCGACCGACCGCAUGACCUGGACGUCACCCGCACCAACAAUAAGCACAUCGCCUUCGGUGGCGGCCAUCACGUCUGCCUGGGUCAGUGGUUUGCGCGCUUGGAAAUUGACGCCAUUCUGCGCGAGGUGUUGACGCGCAUGGAUGAGAUUGAACUCAGUGGCGAGGUCACUUGGAUGCCGAGCAAUUUUAUCUGUGGCGUGACAUCUAUGCCGGUGAGGUUCAAGGCGACUUAA